GGGUACCUUUGAUCCUGCAGGGUGUAGCUAAGUAUACUUGGAGUAGGACCGCUUUCUCUGGAAUUUACCCAUGAAAAAAAUGACUGUCAACGGUCAGCAAUGGCAGAUUCAACGCCCGUUUAUUCCUCAAUUCCAUGCUCAGAACAUCCCCCAUGUUCGGAAAUGUAGUCUUUUUCCACUCUUCACUCGAAAUUGCUCCCUCAAGUCUUCAGAGUUGUGUGUGGGUUUCUCAGUUCAGUCAAACCCCCAUUCUAAGUUAGUUGGGAGUCCCAGAAUUUUAGUCGGCAGAUGCGUAUCAGAGAAGUUUUCGGAUCAUUUCGAGCAGGAUGCAGGCCAGAAUUUUAUAACCGAACAAAAGAUGGUUGAGGAGAAGAAUUUUUCUGUACUGAAUAUCUUGAAGCAAUCAAAUUCGCUUCUGCCUCAUGCAGUUCUUGCUAGUACGCUUUUGGCUCUCGUUUAUCCACCCUCUUUCACAUGGUUCACCUCCAGGUACUAUGCGCCUGCAUUAGGGUUUUUGAUGUUUGCUGUUGGGGUGAAUUCCAGUGAAAAAGAUUUUAUUGAAGCAUUCAAGAGACCAGCAGCUAUUUUGGCUGGUUAUGUCGGUCAAUUUGCAGUGAAGCCAAUUCUUGGAUAUCUUGUCGGCAUAAUUUCUGUAUCAGUUUUUGGUCUUCCUACUCCUAUAGGUGCUGGGAUCAUGUUAGUUUCUUGUGUUAGUGGGGCUCAGCUUUCAAGUUAUGCUACUUUUCUGACUGAUCCACCUCUGGCUCCUUUAAGCAUUGUCAUGACAUCAUUGUCUACUGCUACCGCCGUUUUUGUUACGCCACUGUUAUCGCUCUUACUUAUUGGAAAGAGACUGCCUGUUGAUGUAAAAGGAAUGGUAGCCAGCAUUAUGCAGAUAGUAGUCACCCCCAUUGCUGCAGGAUUGCUUCUAAACAGGUUCUUUCCCUGGAUUGCUAAUGCUAUUAGGCCAUUUCUGCCUCCGCUUUCAGUACUCGUGACAGCCUGUUGCGUUGGAGCACCACUUGCUAUAAAUGUCAAGUCAGUUGUAUCCCCUUUUGGAGCAACCAUAUUAUCACUCAUUAUUUCAUUUCAUCUGCUGGCUUUUGUCAUUGGUUAUGUUCUUACUGGUCUCAUUUUUCCCAAAGCACCUGACCUAAAAGCACUUCAAAGAACAAUGUCUUUUGAGACCGGAAUGCAAAGCAGUCUCCUGGCCCUUGCACUUGCAAAUAGAUUUUUCCAAGAUCCACUUGUGGCUGUGCCUCCAGCUAUCUCUACUGUAAUAAUGUCUUUGAUGGGCUUCUUUCUUGUAAUGGUUUGGGCUAAGAAGAAAGAAGUAUGACGGAACAUAGCUUGUUCAAAUUUCUGGAGUCAGAUAUCUUGCAAGUACGUCCUCUGCCAACUUGGUAAUUAUUUUCAUGGGUUUCUCAUUGUUCCUUGAGUUGGAAAAAUAGCAGCAAUGGUGAUAAAACAUAGCUCCUGUGAUGUCAUUCUCCUGGGAUGCAGAUGCAUUCCUGUAAUAUGAUGAAGCUGUCUAAAAGCUUCUGAAGAAGGAUCUCAUAGAUCCCUUUUUCUUUUUUCAUCAUCAUUCACUUGGGACAGGCAACCAACUCGGUUGUAUAAUUUCUCUGAAUUAGUUUUGUAGUGGGAAACGUGGUAAGAAUCACAAUACAUCUGCAUCCGAAACGUAUGCAACUGCUGCAACUGAAAGUUUUCAUAUCUCAACAUAUUUAUACUUGCAA